AAUGUCAUCCACCUUCAGCCGUUCUACAAGAAGUAAGACAUCGUAGUUCUCCGGCCCACAAGCGCCUGAGUGAUGUUCUCGCAAACAGGGACAAGAACUUCUACGUGUUCAUGAACGAAUUUCACAAAGACACGUACAUUGAGCGGAAGCCAGGGGAAUCAACCAGCGAUAGGAACGAUCGUGCAAUCCGCGCGGCGGCGCUUUGGUACAAGAAGCACCUGAUGAACGACAGCUUGGAAAUCGUGCUACUGGCAAGCAACGCUCAGAGAAGGGAUGCCGCCAGGGGCAAGGGGAUCACAUCAUACACAGUCGAGGAAUACGUGAAGAGUGUGACGAAAUAUCCGGAGCUGUUGGACAAGCUUGCGCAGUUGGACCAGGACCGCAGCCAUGCUCCGGAUGCAGACAUCUUCGACGGACGCCGGAUCACCUAUCCGGAACACCUUCCGCUGUCAGAGCUCCAGGCCGGGAUCAGGGCAGAAAAGUACAAGUCCGGAGCAUUCCACGCGAGCAGAGAGAAUUACCUGGAGGCCAAUGUUACGGUUCAGGACAGUGAUGAGGCGGUUUUCAUCCAAGGUCACUCGCACCUGAACCGAUCCGUGGACGAGGAUGUCGUUGCCGUGGAGAUCCUGCCGCGGAGUCAGUGGAAGUGUCCAUCGUCGAUGAUGCUGGAGGACAAGACGGAGGCACCGGACGAUGAGGAGGCAGCGAACGAUGACCUGGAGGAGGGGACAAACUCGCACAGGUUGGUCACGGGUCGCGUCGUCGGUAUCAUAAAGCGCAAGUGGAGGCAGUACUGCGGAAUUCUGCAGCCUUCUACUCGGAAGGAUUCGACGCGACACCUCUUCGUGCCGGCCGAGAAAAAGAUUCCAAAGAUCUGUGUGGAGACGCGGCAAGCAGCCGUGCUGCAGGGCCAGCGCAUUGUCGUCUGCAUCGACUCCUGGCCCCGACACAGCAGGUACCCACAGGGACAUUUUGUGAGGCGUCUCGGCGAGGUCGGCGACAAGGAGACGGAGAACGAGGUGCUACUCCUGGAACACGACGUCGCCCACUCGGCGUUCUCCGAAGCCGUGCUCAGCUUUCUUCCCAAGAUGCCGUGGAGCAUCAGCGAGGAGGACUUGGAAAAGAGAACAGAUUUGAGACAUCUGGAUAUCUGCAGCGUCGACCCGCCAGGCUGUACAGACAUUGACGAUGCUCUGCAUUGCAGGUAUUAAUUCCUCCACGAAUCCCAAACGGUUAACGUGGAGGCGGGCGUGCACAUCGCCGACGUCACGCACUUUGUGCGCGGGCUCAGCGCUGGACCGCGAGCGAGCGCGCGCGGCACCACCGUCUACCUCGUCGACCGGCGCAUCGACAUGGUUCCCGAGCUGCUGUCAUCGAACCUGUGCUCCCCGUGCACGACGGAGACGCGCCUCGCCUUCUACUGCAUCUGGGAGCUGACGGCGGAUGCGGAGAUCGUGCGCGUGCGCUUCAUGAAGAGCAUCAAUCCGCUCCAAAGUGUGAAGGCUUCAUUGACGUACGCAGAAGCACAGGGCAUGAUCGAUGAUGUAAGCAGGGACGACUCUCUGGCUGUGUGUCUACGAAAUCUCAACCGCCUCGCUAAGAUUCUGAACAAGCGCAGGAUAGAACAGGGGGCACUUAGUCUUGCUUCAUCGGAGGUGCGCUUCCACAUGGACAGCGAAACCCAUGACCCUGUCGACGUACAGACGAAGCAGAUGCUAAAACAACCCACCCCCCGCGCGAUCAAAGGCUGCGGGCCGGGGAACCCGCGUGGCGUUGUCAAGGGGGCUCGAGGAGCCUCCAAGGGCUUCACGCUGGACAUCAACAGUAGCAAGGGGCUCGCAGACUCCCUGAAUUUGGCCGUCAUCAAGACGCAUCCCUACUUCAACACGAUGCUGCGCAUCAAGGCGACGCGAUGCAUGAUGCAGGCCGUCUACUUCUGCAGCGGCAGCCUCCCUGAGACAGAGUUCCACCACUACGGGCUCGCGUCGCCCAUCUACACUCACUUCACGUCCCCGAUCAGAAGAUACGCUGACAUCAUGGUGCACCGGCUGCUGGCGGCGGCGAUCGGGGCCGACGCGACCUACUCCGACCUCAUGGACCCGAAGAAGGUGCAGAGUACGUGCAACAACCUCAACUUCCGUCACAGGAUGGGCCAGUACGCGGGCCGCGCGUCCGUCGCACUACACACGCUGUUGUUCUUUAAGAACCGCGUCGUCGACGACUGGGGUUACGUUCUUUUCAUCCGCAAGAACGCACUGCAGGUUCUCAUACCGAAGUACGGGCUUGAGGGAACCGUGUGGCUGAAGUCCGACGAUCCUGCAUGUCCGGAGUUUGUGUUUAACGAGGAGGACAACACGAUGACGGCGGCCGGCGUGACGUUCCACGUGUUUGACCGCGUCACCGUGCGCAUCAGCAUCGACAGCACCAAAAUCCAGCACCAGAAAGUGCGCAUGCAGCUCGUGCGUCCCGCGGUGCUGGGAUUCAGCGUGCCAGAGAACGUGGGAGAGGAGACUACCAAUACAAGCCAAUCAGCACCUGCCAAGAAGCAGAGGAAAUCAUGAACGCGAAAAAAAACAACAUGAGGACGACGUGCUUUGUGUGCUGUUUUUAUAGAAAAGAAUAAAUCAAUCUGCAAUGUAUA